AUGUUUAAAGUUGCUUUAACGACUGAAGGUGUGUGCUACAAUUUCAAUGCACUAGCGGUUACAGAAAUGUUCACUGACAGAAUGCAAAAGGAUUACCCAAUCCUGAAUACUACAGAAAUCAGUAGGAACUGGACGGUCACAGAAGGAUAUACUAAUACUGACGAACACCCAUAUCCAAGACGAGGAAGGGAAAAUGGACCAUCACCGGAUUUAGUAAUACUAUUGCAGGAAGCUAAGAAGUUUAGGGGUAGUGGAUGUAAUAGUGCGAGAAACGGUUUCAAGAUAUUCUUGCAAAAUCCUGAGGACUUACCGCAAAGUUCGCAUUACUAUUACGCGGCUGUGCCGAGGCAAGUUUCAUCGAUUGCAGUCAAAUUUAGCAUGUUAAACACAUCUGAAACAUUACGAGGAUACGAUCCAGAAGUGAGACAAUGCUAUUUUCCUGAGGACUACAAGCUCGAUUAUUUUGAAGUUUAUACUCCGAGCAAUUGUCGUUUGGAAUGCCAGUCCGAGUACAUGUUUAGAAAGUGUGGAUGUGUAUGGUUCAAUAUGCCCCGUAAGUCUCCGUGA